AGUGCGCAUGCGCGGCAGCAAUAAUGGAGGACAGUCUGUGGUGACCGACGGGACCCAGUUUGUUUUCACUCCGUUUCUCCCGCUCCGAGGAUUUUCUCCGCUUCUCUGCAGCUCAGCGCCGUCCGUGAGCUUCUGGGAACGCCGUCAUGACCUCAGACGCUCUGGGCCCAGCGGCGGAUCUCAGGGUGAGGACCUUCACUCCAUCCAGAGAAGAGUUUGCGGACUUUGUUCGGUAUGUGGCCUUCAUGGAGUCCAGAGGAGCACACAGAGCUGGGAUGGCCAAAAUCAUUCCACCUGAAGGCUGGUCGCCCAGGGAGACGUACGACGGCGUGGGGGAGCUGCUGAUCCCUGCCCCCAUCCAGCAGGUGGUGACGGGUCAGUCGGGCCUCUUCACUCAAUACAACAUCCAGAAGAAACCCAUGACGGUCCAGGAGUUCCAGAAGACCUCCGGCCUGGAGAAGUUCUGUAGGCCCACAUGUGUGGACUCUGAGGAGCUGGAAAGGAGGUUCUGGAAGAACCUGACCUUUAACCCCCCGCUGUAUGGAGCAGAUGUCAGCGGGACGCUGUUUGACCCAGACUUGUCUGAAUGGAACCUGUCCCGUCUGAACACCAUCCUGGAUGCGGUGGAGACGGAGGACGGGCUGAAGAUCAAAGGCGUCACCAGUCCCUGUUUGCACUUCGGGAUGUGGAAGAGCGCCACAGCCUGGCACACGGAGGACAUGGACCUGUACGCCGUCAGCUACCUGCACUACGGACAGCCCAAGUCAUGGUAUGUUGUCCCUCCAGAAUAUGGCAGGAAGCUGGAGCGCCUAGCCAGAGGCUUCUUUCCAGGGAACGCCCAGAGUUGCGAUGCCUUCCUGGGCCACAAGAUGACCUUGAUUUCACCCUCCAUCCUUAGAAAAUACGGCAUCCCAUACGAGAAGGUCACACAGGAAGCCGGCGAGUUCGUGGUGACCUUCCCGUUUGCCUACCAUGCUGGUUUCAACCAUGGCUUCAACUGUGUGGAGUCCACCAACUUUGCCACGCAGCGCUGGAUCGAUUAUGGGAAACGAGCUAAGCUGUGUUCCUGUCGUCAAGAUACAGUGAAGAUCUCCAUGGAUGCGUUUGUGCGCAAGUUUCAGCCUGAGCGUUACGAACUGUGGAAGGCAGGAAAAGACGACGCACCCAUCGACCACCUCAGACCGACUCCAGAAGCGGCUGAGUUCCUGGGGAGAGAAACCAGCACAGACAUCUGCAGAGAGGAAUCGCCUAAGGAGCCAUCGUCUCCUGCCAAACAGGACCGGAGCUCAGAUCCUCAGAGUGAGGGAGAACGUCCGCCUCCAGCCAUUCAGACCUCUGAAGGAGACACGGGUGAUGUGGAGGUCAAGGAGGAGCCUGAGAAGAACGCUCCCUCCCCAGCUCAGCCUGAGCCAGAAGCUCAGCAGGAGAAGCCCAGCAGGGCUCAGCCCAAAGGCUCCUCUAGAGCCGCCAACAAGAAGACCUCCAGCAGACAAAGCGCUGCGAGGAAGGAGAAGAACGGAGGAGCGGCUGCAGAUCCUGGUCCUCCUGAGCCUCUGGAAGGCGAUGGGGAGGGCAGAGUGGAAACCAGUGGUGUUCCAGUGCACAGAGCGUUCCAGAGGACGCUCAGCCCGGCCGACGUCCUGCACGUCCACAGCUACGCUAAAGGAGACUACGGAGAAGAGAACCCGGCGCUGGAGGAAGGCCGGACCACGAGCCACGAGGGUGAACAGGGGGACCAGCUGCCUGUCAGCAGAGAACAGGCGUUGGCCCCCUGUGCAGACCUGGAAGGUAACCUGGAGCCGCCGCCCCAGCCCCACCAUAUGGAGGAGGCCAUCAGAGAUGCUGUGGAGGAGCUUCCUCCAGCGGAACCAGCCGGACCAGAAGGAGAGGACUGGACCAAAGCUGUGGUCCAGCUGUGGCAGAGCAGUCCUCCUGACCUGGACAAAGAGAGGGAGUACAACCAGUACAUGGGCUCCAGACCUCCCUACUGCUCCAUCUGCAUGCUCUUCCAGACCUACCAGCAGAUGGAUCGCUCCAGCAGAGACAGUCCUGUGGUGACGGCUGGAGGCCAGAGGCGGACCAAACCCCUCAUCCCUGAGGCUUGUUUCACCAUCACCACAGAAGAAGACGCAGAGAGCGAAGAACACGCCGCCUCGCCUUAUUUAGAGGAGGAUGGAACCAGCCUCCUCAUCAGCUGCACGCGCUGCAGCGUUUGGGUCCACAGCAGCUGUUACGGCGUGAACCCGGUCUCUGUGAGCCCGCAGUGGAAAUGUGCCCGCUGCAGGGCCAACGCCAUCAACGAGAGCUGCUGUCUGUGUCUGCUAAGGGGCGGAGCCUUGCAUAAAACCACCAAUGACAAGUGGGUCCAUGUUCUGUGUGCCGUGGCGGUGAUGGAGGCCCGCUUUGUCGACGUGACCAGGAGAAGUCCAGUGGACCUCAGUGGGAUCCCUCUGCAGAGAUUCAAACUGAAAUGUUACUACUGUAAGAAGCGGGUGAAGAAGGCCUCAGGCUGCUGUGUCCAGUGUUCCCACGGCCGCUGUCCCACCGCCUACCACCCCACCUGUGCCCAGGCUGCCGGGGUCCUGAUGCAGCCGGACGAUUGGCCCUUUGUGGUCCAUGUGACCUGCUGUCGGCACAAAGGUCCCGCCCAGAUCGAGCGCAACAAGGCAGCCAUGCAUGAGCUCACUGUGGGUCAGAAGGUCAUCUGCAAGCACAAGAACGGCCGAUACUACCAGUGUGAUGUGGUGCAGCUUUCCAAAGAGACCUUCUAUGAAGUCAACUUUGACGACGGCUCCUUCAGUGAUAACCUCUUCCCUGAGGACAUCGUGAAUCGAGACUGCUCCCAGCUUGGCCCCCCGCCGCAGGGAGAAGUGGUUCAGGUGCGAUGGACCGACGGGCUGGUCUAUGGGGCCAAAUUCGUGGCGGCUCAUGUUAUUCAAAUGUACUUGGUGGAGUUUGAGGAUGGCUCUCAGCUAACUGCCAAGAGAGAUGACGUCUACACUCUGGACGAAGAACUUCCUAAGAGAGUCAAAUCCAGAUUGUCCAAAGCCUCAGACAUGAGGUUUGAUGGCAUCUUUGAAGACAAUGAGAUCCUCCAAGAGUCCAAGAGGCAAAGGGUGAUCAACUCACGGUACCGAGGGGACUACAUUGAACCUGUGAUUUACAGAGCCAUCAUGGAGUAGAGCCGCUCUCCUGGUCCAGCCACCUUACUCACCAGCAGUUCUUGUGCACCUUAACCUUGCAGCUAGUCCCAGACAUUGUAGCAGCAGACGGCUUCUUCAGGACUCGCAGGGACAGAUUUUAGUCCCAAUGCUUCUUCUCUGCUGGGCUCUGAUGGUGAAAACAAGCUUGGUUACAUUUUUUAGCAACUCCAAAUGUCAUCAAUCAGGGACCAGAUGACCCAUAGAGCAGAGAACAUAGAGAUGUUCUAUGAAACCAGCCUGGCUGGGUGGUUUCUGGGCGGAUCCUGUCUUUCUGGGACAAUCAGUGAGGCUCAGACCUUUGGAGACGAUGGCAGGCAGCACCUGUGGACCAUCGAGGUUCUGCUGAGGCGCAUCCGGGUGAUACGCCAAACCCUGCUGCUUACAGGUCAUACUGGUUUGAAUAAGAUCAACCGAGGCUUCAUCUUUAGAUGUCCUCUCAGUAGAGCAGCUGUGACCCGACCCAACCAGCUCCUCCUUCAGGGCGGGGGGCGGUACUGCAGCUGCUGUCCCACGUUUUAUUAAAUCAGAGAAAAAAAACGGAUAAAUCUUAUUUAUUGUAAAAGUUUUAUAAAACUUUAUAAACUAGGCGAACCAGUCCAGGUGAACCAGAGCCUGGACUGAAGCGUUCCUGAGCUGCUCCUCUGAAAGCUCUUUCCUCUAAUGAUUUUUAGAAACCAACACUUGCUGUUUUAUAAAAAGUGUUUCAUAAUUCUGAAGGUUGG